AUGACGCUUCAUUUUUGCUGCAACUAUAAUGCACUUUAUGUUUAUGCUCGUGAUCAGAGAACACAGCAAUGGAUCACACCAAAUACUUCAGGAAAUUUUACCGCAGUAGAACGAAAAUCCGCAACAUGUAUUGUUUCGGGAAAUGAAAUAUAUAUCUAUGGUGGAUAUGAUGACUUAUUUAGUAUGAUUAAAUUAGAUACAUUAAAUUUGAUAUGGUCGACAUAUUAUCCCGGAUUUAUUGCACCUAUUGGUCUUUUGGGUUAUAGUGCUACGCUCUUAGACAAUGCUUCUAUAUUGUAUAUGGGGACUACAUCAGGGAACAUUCCUUAUUCACGCUGCGACCAUGGAUCAAUCUACAUACCUCAGUAUAAUCAAAUUUUAAUAUUUUAUGGAUAUCCUGAUUCUUCAUUUGUUGCACUUGAUACCUUGAAUUUCGUAUGGUCAUAUCCUUCAGUUUCAAUUAACAAUGGUCUUCAAUAUCAAUUAAUCCGGUUUACUUCGAUACUAAUUGGUGCUUAUAUUCUAAUUGCAUUUGGAAAUGACCAUAUAAGUGACAAUUUCUCAAAUAAUGUUUUUCUUCUUGAUGUAAGUCAAAAAAAUAAUUAUAAAUGGUCUACAUCAUACGAUCCUACCAAACAGCUCCAAUCAAUCACUACCACCACUACAUCCGUAAUAUCACCAACAUCCAAUAUUUCGCAUGAUUCAUUACCUGUUAACAUUGGGGCAAUAAUUGGAGGCAUAUUUGGUGGAAUUGCCGGAAUUAUAAUAUUAUCAACAGCCGCAGUUAUUGCAAUCAAAAAAUAUGGUAACCCACCUCUUUUUACUUCAGAAGAAGAGACAAGUAAUCAACCAGAAUCAUAA